CAUGCCAUUCAAGCUGAUGCGCCACUCCAAGUUCCGGCAUGUCUACGGCAAGCCGUUCCGCAAGGAGAAGUGCUACGAUGGUAUCAACAUCAGCAGGAAUGCCCACGAAAACAACUUCUGCGCCGUCAACCCUCUCUUCGUUGCCAUUGUCACGGAGACCGCUGGGGGAGGGACGUUCGUUGUUAUUCCUCUCGAUAAUGUUGGUCGUAUUCCAGUCAACUAUAGCAAAGUGUGCGGUCACACCGGGAACGUCAUGGAUAUUAAAUGGGAUCCCUUUGAUGAUCAUGUUAUAGCAUCAGCAGCAGAAGAUGGAAAGGUCCGGAUUUGGCAGAUUCCUGAUGGUGGAUUGACAGAGAAUUUGGAGAAGCCAGUGAUAACGCUCAACGGUCACAUUAGGCGAUGUAGCGCCAUCGAGUGGCAUCCCACUGCCAAAAACAUCCUUGCCAGCGCAGGUUAUGAUAAAAUGGUAGGUGUCAAAGCUACUCUUUUAAAAGCAAAAGAGCUAAUCCGGUCCCUAUUCAUACUUCCCUCGGAGUGAGACGAGGUACCUGUCUUUUUGGAGUGAGACUUGAUUCUUUUCAGAGUGGAUAUUCCCUCCAUUUAGAGUGAAUGCAUCCAACAGAUGCACAGGAUAUUCCCUCCAUUUAGAGUGAAUGUAUCCAAAAGAUGCGCAGGAUAUUCCCUCCAUUCAGAGUGAAUGUAUCCAGAAGAUGCAUAGUUCACUCCAAAAGGAGUUAUAAUGGACUCUUUAAGGGAGUACAGUUCACUCCAAAGGAAUCACUCCAAGAGGAGAGUGAUUAGUGACUAGAUUAACUCUUUUGCAUUUAGGAGUUAGGGUAUGUUUUCACAAACUUGUAAACAGGAUACAAGGCAUAGAUGUUAAUAGAAGGAUCCAACAUUCUGAGUUUAUGGUUUAAGUAGUCCAACAAAACUUUGAUAUCCCUAAUUGGAUCUUUGAAGCUUUGGAGCUAUAUUUUUUGUUUUGCAGCAUGUGGAGAAUGGUGGAAAGAAAUGUCAAACUUCUUUCACACAUCCAAAUGCUGCCAACUCAAAACUCAGAGUCCCCACACUACUGAUGCAUUAUGCAAGUUAGGCGACCUUUCAAGCAUAACAUGCAAAUGUUGAAUAUUGCCAUUCAAAUCAUUCUCUAAAGGUUUGUGAAAUCUCCCACUUGAGAUCAUUUAUGACCUUGGAUUUAGGCCUCAUUUUAUUCAUAAAUUUAAAAAAAGACUUCAUCAAUGAUAAAUGUAUCAUUAAUACUGUAUCCAGUAAAACAAGGCAUCUGUCAGAAAAUGAAUGUCACACAUAAAAAACACACAUUGGAAACUUUCAAUUUGAUUAUUUAUUUCAGGUUUUUAAAGAAAAAAACAUUCAAAUGGCUGGAAAAAAUUGUAUUAAACUUAGUAGUACUUUUAGACUUUAUGGCAAUGAAUCAGAACACAGUCAAAAUUCGUUGAAAUAUUAAAGAUUUUGUGAAACCUAAUCCUCGUGGUGUCAUAAACAUGUAAUCAGUCUUCAUAAAGUUUUUGUGGUCUGUAAAAUACAACUCGUAAGAGCAUUAUAAUCCAUGCUACCUUUGUAAUACUUAUACAUGCACAACUGGGCGAUAGUUUGCAUACAUACUGGUAACACGUUAUAAAAUAUGCCCAUUAAAAUGUAAACAACCUGUUAGACUUUGCAUAUGGCACUCGAGUGGUAAAUUAAAAACAAACAUUGUAAUGAUGGGGUAUGAGUAAUAUUUCUUUCAUCAUGAUCUCAUGAUUGUAGUCUGUCUGCCUCUUUCUCUGUUUGUCUCUCUCCCUCUCUUCUCUCUCUUCCUCUCUUGCCAUCUCUCUAUCGCUAUCCCUUUCUAUUCUUCCUAUCUCUAUUUCUCAUGGGAAUAAUAUCUUGUCCAGUUUAUUUUCUGCAUGCAAUGCUUUAUUGGAUACCUUUAUGUGCAUUCAUAGUACGCAUGAUAAACGCAUCGGAGAAAAAAAAUAUGGGGGGAGGGUAGGAGGUCAAUUAAGAACUAUUUACUCUCACCCCACCCUCUUUGUGAAAAGGUAACCCAUUUGAAUUUAUUACAAAAAACAACAACUUAAAUUGCUUUUUGACACCUAAAUAACUGAUGCGUGUUUGAUUGCAUCAUGAAAGAAAAAGCAAGGUAUGGCCUUUUUCAUUUAUAGAAAAUAUAUCAUGCUAUUCACUAUGUAAAUAUUUAUCAUUCGUGUCUCAGUGGUCAUCAUGUGCACAUACAGUGUAAGAGAAAAAAGAUAAAUAUUUGUCCUUUAUAAACAGGAUACUUGGUUGUGAACUGGUCAACAUUGAUAUCAAUAUCAACUUACAGUUUGGGUUGAUUCAGUGAAAUCAUAUUUCAAAUACUGGUAACUGUGUAGUUGUCUGUCAAAUUGCUAUCAAAUGUUCACCUUUUUAAUUCUCUCUCUCCCUUCUCUGUUCGGAGCGAGCCAAAGUUUUGUGGGAUAUUUCUAUGAUUUUUAAAAGAACAAUUUCAAUUUCAAUAUAAAAGCAGAUUAUCAUCAUCAUUAUUAAGUAAAAGAAAAAGUUAUUUGCAAAUCCUUGAAGAAAUAUCCAAAGAAAUUCUGACUCAUCGGAACGACAUCCCUCAGCACUUUACACCCGUCAUCUGACUCUGAUGUGGCCGGCGUAAAAUAUUUCUCCACUCCUUAGGGAGCAUUCCAAUAGGAAUUUCAUACUUAAUUACUAGGCAUUCUACAUAGACUUUUGCAUCCUAGUUAGUGCCUUUUAGUUUUAAAUCUAAAUGAGCUGAACAUUUUAAUUUUUUGUUAAGAUCAGUCAAUGAAAGGUGUAACAGUCUCUACACCUCUGUAAGAUUGAAGAUAGAAAAUGAUAAUUCAAUAUAAUUCACACAUGUAACAGCUUUAGACUCGUUUGAAACUUAUUGAGAAGAGCUGAAGCUGUGAUGUAUGUCACAUAUUAACUGGUAAAUGAAUGCUGUAGUAAUAUGUUCUGAAUGGGUUAUUUACAGUGUGUAGCACACUUCACUUGACCCUAAUAUGUGUGAGUAAUAACAUAAGCUAGGUUCAGAAAAGAUUCUCAGUAGCUUAGGUUUGAGUUUAUGGUUUCAACUUUGAGCUGUUCAUAAGGCUGUGUUGAAUCAUUCAUAAUCUUAAACUUACCUAUUGAGAAAAAGACUUAGGGACAUGCACCAAUUUCACCUAAAAAAUGUCCUAAAUAGCCC